UUUUACAAAAUGGUAAAAUUAUUUUACAAUAUGUAGUUCAUGGUAUCAUGGUAUUUCCUGACAGUUUAGGAAAGGCAAGAUUAAGCACAAACAUAUUUUAAACUUGAUCCCUGAACUGCAUACAUUUCAAAGCUAAGAAAAAUGUUUUUUUUUUUCAAGGAAAAUGUAAGAGUACAAAUUGGGAAACCUGAAUUAAUUUUCUUAAAGAGUAAUCAAAGUUAUUCUUGUGCCGCCAACAUAACGCCACACAUCUUCGUAACUGAACGGAAAAACACGCCUCCGGCUUCCUGUAAUUCCACAGAAUCCACAACGUUCGUUUACUGUCAAACCAAUUAUAUGAAGGAAUCCAACAUUAUCCCGCGUUGUCUUGUUUUGAAUGUUCAAGUAGAGAGACCGACGACGGAGUCAUGAGUCCUCCGUGCCACAGGCGGCGCUUGGACAGAUCGGUCCCUUUUUGCCUCACCACCCGUUUCCAAAGCCCAAAACAGCUUCGCUCAAACAUUCGGUUUUCGAUUCUCGAUCCUAGACUGAGAAGAGGUCAUGAUUAGCUCACUGUCUCACUUCCGCACUUCAAAGGAAGAGGAAAAGGGAAAGCAAAGCGAACAACUUCCAAAGAAGACGCUUCGGGGAAAAAAAAGAGAGGAUUGACUGAACCUGAAUUGCGCAUGCCCAAUCAGCCUUCACGCUAACUGCGCAUGCGUCGGCGGUUGUAACCAUCAGGACAAGGGAAGAAUCCCGAGAGUUCAAAGCUGCAGUCGAGACCCUGCCCCUUCUCCAGAAUAACCGUCAUUUUCCUUGCGUUGUCGGUUUCCCCUGGGACCUUUUCAGUCUCAGACCUGUCAGGACGAGAGAUAAGAUGUUCGGUGGUGUCUUGUCCCAGGCUGGUCCCGGCGCUGAGUGAGGCCAGGCCGGGCGGCGGGUGACCGGGAAAGGGAUGUCGCCUCCGUCCCCCGACGUUGGGUUUUGCCGCUGCCGCCUUUGGCGGCUCCCGCUGCCUCUCUCAUCCUCCGGUUCUGGUUGCUGCCUGCGACCUUCACUCCAAGCCCGGGAGCAACGUCGAGUUCGGCCCCAGCAGUGAUUCCCGUCGUUCCCCCCCCCGCGGCGUUAGGGGGCGGGACGGGGUAGGCAAGAUGCAAGCGGCUCCGCUGCAGUACGAGUUCUUCAGUGAAGAGAAUGCACCCAAGUGGCGGGGUCUGCUUGUGCCCGCCCUAAAAAAGGUCCAGAUGCAAGUCCAUCCCAAACUAUCUUCUACAGAAGAUGCUUUGCAGUAUGUUGAGGAGUUAAUUCUGCAAUUACUAAAUAUGCUGUGCCAAGCUCAGCCAAGAAGUUCCUCAGAUGUAGAGGAUCGUGUCCAAAAAAGUUUUCCUCAUCCGAUUGAUAAAUGGGCAAUAGCUGAUGCGCAAUCUGCUAUUGAAAAGAGGAAGCGAAGAAAUCCAUUAUUUCUUCCAGUAGAAAAAAUUCAUCCACUCUUAAAGGAAGUCCUGGGAUAUAAAGUUGACCAUCAAGUAUCUGUUUACAUUGUAGCUGUAUUGGAAUACAUUUCUGCAGAUAUUUUAAAAUUAGUUGGAAACUAUGUACGAAAUAUAAGACAUGAUGAAAUUACUAAACAGGACAUCAAAGUGGCAAUGUGUGCUGACAAGGUGUUGAUGGAUAUGUUUCAUCAAGAUGUAGAAGAUAUUAGUACCCUGACGUUAUCUGAUGAGGAACCUUCCACAUCAGGAGAACAAACCUAUUAUGAUCUUGUAAAGUCAUUCAUGGCAGAAGUUCGUCAAUACAUAAGGGAACUGAAUCUCAUAAUAAAAGUUUUUAGAGAACCUUUUAUUACCAAUCCAAAAUUGUUUUCAGGUCAUGAUGUAGAAAAUAUAUUCAGCCGAGUAUCAGACAUUCAUGAACUUAGUGUGAAGUUGCUAGGCCAUAUUGAAGAUACAGUAGAAAUGACUGAUGAAGGCAGUCCCCAUCCAUUAGUAGGAAGCUGUUUUGAAGAUUUAGCUGAGGAACUAGCAUUUGAUCCUUAUGAAACAUACACUCAAGAUAGUUUACGGACUGGCUUUCAUGAUCAUUUUCUUAGCCAAUUAUCAAAGCCUGGAGCAGCCUUCUAUUUGCAGUCAAUUGGAUAUGGUUUUAAAGAAGCUGUUCAGUAUGUUUUACCUAGGCUACUUCUAGUUCCUGUUUACCAUUGUCUUCACUAUUUUGAACUUUUAAAGCAAUUAGAGGAGAAGAGUGAAGAUGAAGAGGAUAAAGAGUGCUUGAAGCAAGCUAUUACAGCCCUACUUAAUCUUCAGAGUAGUAUGGAAAGAAUUUGCUCCAAAAGUCUUGCAAAGAGAAGGCUUAGUGAAUCUGCAUGCCGAUUCUAUAGUCAACAAAUGAAGGGGAAGCAGCUAGCAAUCAAGAAGAUGAAUGAGAUCCAAAAGAAUAUUGAUGGCUGGGAAGGAAAAGAUAUUGGACAGUGCUGCAAUGAGUUUAUUAUGGAAGGAACUCUCACACGUGUGGGUGCCAAACAUGAAAGACAUAUAUUUCUCUUUGAUGGUCUCAUGAUCUGCUGUAAAUCAAAUCAUGGCCAGCCAAGACUGCCUGGUGCUAGCAAUGCAGAAUAUCGUCUGAAAGAGAAAUUUCUUAUGCGAAAGGUACAGAUCAAUGAUAAAGAUAACACUAACGAGUACAAGCAUGCUUUUGAAAUCAUUUUAAAAGAUGAGAACAGUGUUAUUUUUGCUGCUAAAUCAGCUGAAGAGAAGAACAACUGGAUGGCAGCCUUGAUCUCUUUACAGUACAGAAGUACCCUAGAACGUAUGUUAGAUGUAACAAUGUUGCAAGAAGAGAAAGAGGAGCAGAUGAGAUUUCCAAGUCCUGAGCUAUAUAGAUUUGCAGAACCUGAUUCUACUGAAAAUAUUGUUUUUGAAGAAAACAUGCAGCCCAAAUCUGGAAUCCCAAUUAUUAAGGCAGGAACUGUUGUCAAACUGAUUGAGAGACUUACAUUCCACAUGUAUGCUGAUCCCAAUUUUGUUCGAACAUUUCUUACCACAUACAGAUCUUUUUGUAAGCCUCAGGAAUUACUAAGUCUCCUGAUAGAAAGAUUUGAAAUUCCAGAACCUGAGCCAACAGAAGCAGAUCGUAUAGCUAUGGAGAAUGGAGAUCAACCUCUUAGUGCAGAAUUAAAAAGAUUUAGAAAAGAAUAUAUACAGCCUGUACAGCUACGAGUAUUAAAUGUAUGUCGACACUGGGUGGAACAUCAUUUUUAUGAUUUUGAAAGAGACGUAGAUCUUUUGCAACGAUUGGAAGAAUUUAUUGGCACAGUCAGAGGUAAAGCUAUGAAGAAAUGGGUUGAAUCAAUCACAAAGAUAAUUCAUAGGAAAAAGCAAGCGCAAGCCAUUGGGCCAACUCAUAAUAUUACUUUUGAAAGCUCACCACCUCCAAUUGAGUGGCAUAUAAGCAGGCAAGGACAAACUGAAACAUUUGAUCUACUCACUUUGCAUCCAAUAGAAAUUGCCCGACAGCUUACUCUACUUGAAUCAGAACUUUACAGGGCUGUGCAGCCAUCAGAGCUCGUUGGAAGUGUAUGGACAAAGGAAGAUAAAGAAAUUAAUUCUCCUAACCUGCUCAAAAUGAUAAGACAUACGACUAAUCUUACCUUAUGGUUUGAAAAAUGCAUUGUGGAAACAGAAAAUCUAGAAGAAAGAGUAAUGGUAGUAUGCCGGAUAAUUGAAAUCUUGCAAGUUUUUCAAGAGCUAAAUAAUUUUAAUGGCGUUCUUGAAGUUGUCAGUGCUAUGAACUCUGCACCUAUUUACAGACUGGAUCACACCUUUGAACAAAUCCCAAGUCGGCAAAAGAAGAUAUUUGAAGAAGCACAUGAACUAAGUGAAGAUCAUCAUAAGAAAUACUUGGCAAAACUCAGGUCCAUUAAUCCUCCGUGUGUGCCUUUCUUUGGAAUUUAUUUAACAAACAUUUUGAAAACAGAAGAAGGCAAUCCUGAAUUUCUAAGAAGACAUGGAAGAGAGCUCAUUAACUUUAGCAAACGGAGGAAAGUAGCUGAGAUAACAGGAGAAAUUCAACAGUACCAAAACCAGCCAUACUGCUUAAAGGUGGAACCUGACAUUAGAAGAUUUUUUGAAAAUUUGAAUCCAAUGGGAAAUAGCAUGGAAAAAGAAUUUGCAGAUUCUCUUUACAACAAGUCCCUAGAAAUAGAGCCACGUAAUAUGAAGCCACCUCCAAGACUUCCUAAAAAAUAUAGCUAUUCUCUCAAAUCUCCGGGUAUUCGUCCAUCAAAUCCAAGACCUGGAACAAUGAGGCACCCAACACCUCUGCAACAAGAACCAAGAAAAAUCAGUUAUAGCCGUGUCCCUGAGAGUGAAUCAGAGAAUGCAGCCUCUGCACCAAACUCUCCAAGAACGCCACUCACCCCACCUUUACCAUCCUCCACUUCCAGCACUACAGAUGUCUGCAGUGUGUUUGAUUCUGAUCCCUCUACACCUUUUCAUUCAAGGUCUGCCUCUGUAUCCUCCAUCAGUUUCCCCAAAAAUUCUGAUGAAAUUACUGUUCCUCCUCCUAUUCCACCCCGAAGACGUCCAGAAUCUGCCCCUGCCGAAUCUUCUCCAUCAAAGAUUUCUUCUGUACAUCUGGAUAGUCCACCAGCAAUUCCCCCUCGGCAGCCAACAACAAAAAUCUAUUCACCGAGGUAUUCAGUGCCCGACAGGACCUCUAUCUCAGAUGCUCCUGAAAGCCCACCUGUAUUGCCACCAAGAGAACCUGUGCGAACUCCUGAUGUUUUCUCUAGUUCUCCUUUGCAUCUCCAGCCACCGCCUUUAGGCAGAAAAAGUGAACUUGGCAACACUUUCUUUCCCAAUAGCCCCUCUCCAUUUACUCCCCCUCCUCCUCAGACCCCUUCUCCCCAUGUUGCACGCAGGCAUUUGCCAUCACCUCCUUUGAUACCCCAAGAAAUGGACAUCCAUUCUGUCGCUGGGCCUCCUGUUCCUCCACGGCAAAGCACUUCUCAACAUAUCCCAAAGCUUCCUCCAAAAACUUAUAAAAGGGAGCCCACCCAUCCAUCAGUGCAUCGCGAUGGACCCCCUUUGCUGGAGAAUGCCCACUCAACCUGAAUUCUCCUUUGUGCUAGAGCAUGCUUUCUCCGGUGCUACAUCUAUUGCUGGCAAUAGAGGCACCAUGUCUUUUGGCAACAAGGAGCUGCGUGGUAUUGCUCCUAACACUAAUGACUCUACAUUUGAUAUAUAUAAUGUGGAAAAUAAUAAAACUUAAUAACAGGCCCCUUUAUUGUGGAAAAAAAUGCUGUUUAUUAGUAAAGUAUGCAAGGCACUGUUCUAAACUCACUGGACAUCUGAAUGUACCAGAAAUUAGGUUUGCAGAUCUCUUUGGGCCAAUAAGCAUUUCCUGUGCUUUGUGUAUUAUCCAGUGAAGGAUGUGAAGCAUAAUCCUAUAAUCUGUCCACCAUGACAUAAAUUCUCGGAGUAAAAUAUGCACUUUUUUUAAAAAAAAAUUCAAACAGGGAAUUUGUUAGCCUUCUUAAUGUAAUUGUAUCGUUCCCUGCUUUCAAAUCACGUACCAGACUGUGAGGGUGAUCUGUAGCAUUGAACCAGGAUACAGCUAAGGCAUUACAUUAUACUGCAGUCCUGUUUACAAACUGUUACAAUUACUAGUAAAUACGUGGGUACCUAAGCUUCACCAAAGAGGUACUUUCCUUCUGUAUAAAUGUGUUGAGGCCAGUUCUAAAGAACAUACAGGAAGUAGAAUGCCUAAUUUGUGCCCCCUUGAAACAAGAGAUUUAAGUCUCACAUGAAUAACAAAAUCUGUCUGAGAGACUGCCUGCUCCCAAGACUCUCUGCCCUGUAAGAACGGGCACAGUUGGUGUGCUUUGGGUUGCUUCAGUCAAAUAAUACCAUUUUUUAGGACCCAGGAAGUCUGCCUUAUUUCCCCAGAGUUCUGUGUAGCUCCCACCUUGAUGAUCUGGAAGUUUUUAAAAACAUGGCUGUUCUCCCAGGCCUGGGAGUAGGUUGUGGAAAUCUGUAGCUACGUUUCCUGUUUAAGGGAUUGUGUUGAUCCAGACAUGUGGGAUCUUUUUAUAGUUUUUUAUUUUUUAAAGUAAGCUACCCAGAAUCACUUUGGAAGUGGGCAGGCUCUAAAUUUCUUAAAUAAAUACUUUGAAAUGGCACUACUACUGUCAGUUAAAUCCAUGUCUGCGUGGGCAACUAUUGACUAGGUCUUCAGUUAAGAUUUAACAAUGAUCAACUUUCCAGUUAGUGCUGCAGCCUCUUUGAUUAUGCCAUGGAAAUGCAAAAAAAUGAUCCGCUGGCCAUCUCUCCCACCCAAUCCCUAGUUAUCACUUUGUUUUAACUAGUGGUAGGUAGAUGAAUAAUCAGUAUCAACGUAUGCCUUGUAGUUGCAUAAAUAAAUCAUAUGUAUAUAGUGAAUGUUGCAUAAAUAUAAUUGGAAAUUGUUUUUAAUUUAAUUGAAAUAAAGACAGAUAUUUUGUCUGGCUGACAUAUAUUAAAUUAUUGCAUUGCUAAAUGUGCAUUUCAGUUUUUAGCCCUGAGGAAGUGAAACAUGCUGUGGUACACACAUCUCUGUUUCUAGAUCAUUAUUUUAGUUUACAGAGGAUAAGCCCAGAAGAAAUCCCAAGUUAUUGAAUAACAAAAUCCAGGUGAGUUGGUGUGAUUAAUGGAUUUCAUGCAUAUAACAUUGUAAACUCUGUUUAACUUCAAGUUUAAAGUUGGUAUUUACUAUAUCAGGGGAAAUCUAUGUGUAUACGGUAUCUGGUUUUUGAUUAAUCAAACCUGUGAACUUCUGAGCUUCCUAUGAACCUAUGAGCUUCUGAUCCCCAUCCUGUGAUUAUAAUACAUGCCAUUUAUUGAAGAUUUCAAUCUUCUUGCUGCUUUAGGAGUUGUGGAUGGUGCAGUAUAUAUGCUUAGAUGAAAUGUUUUCCCCAUUCCAGAGUACUUUUCAACAAUCUAGAAAGCCAUGCCAUUGGAAUAAUGUUGAAGGUCUGUGUCAUUGUGGGAAUCUACUGCUACAAGAAAUUUCCCCAGUUGCAAAUUGUGGUGUUUGCAUUUCAGUAAAUGAUAAUUGGAUUUAUCUUAAAAGAAUCCUUUUAAACUUUACGCUCAUGAUAUGAGAAUCAAAAAAGCAUUCUGGGAAAAAUGUGUAAUAUUAAGACUAUAAGAAGGGUUGAGUGGGGAUUCAGUUGAAGAUGUUUCAGAAAUAAUUCAGAUUCAUAAUGAAAAAAAUCAUAAAUUGGGCCCCAGUUAAACCUAUUUUUCAUUCAUUUGUAUAAUUGCAACAGUGCCAUUCCUAAGAACCUUAAAUAUCGUAUGAUAUUUAUUCACUGCAACUUGAGCAAAGCAGAGGAUAGAUGCAAGUUUUCCUGCUUCUGUCUGCCACAAUGAAACACGAUUUCCCUGAUCAAGCAGUCUGACAUUCAGGAAGAGACUAGAGUACAUAUUGCUAAUUUAAAAUUUGUAAAUAGUAAUUUCGUAAGCAAAUCUAACUUUGUCUUAAAUGAAAAGACACUCUCCCAGCAAAAUUUUAUUAUGGCUGUCUUUAAGAUUACUCAGUCGGCUAAUAUUAAAUGGAUUGAUUUAACAAGAGAUGCUAUUCAUAUUGUGAAGGUUUUAGAUUCUUUACCACAGUAACGGUAAAUAUUUAUAUUUCUGUACAAAGGUAAUCAACACUUUUAAAAUGCAAAUCUUAAUCCAAACAGAUUCCCUCAAACCCAAUUUAUUGCUUAGUACUAUCACUGUUAAUAGUAACAUGUGCUCCAUUUGCAACAUGGAAAAAAAUUGCCUUAUUUCCUCUUAUUGUCCCUUGUCAAUAUAUAUAUAGAAUUGCAGAGAUUAGGGUUUAAUAGUGUAGAAGAGCUUUUUUAAAGGUUGUGUGUGUGUGUGUGUGUGUGUGUGAGAGAGAGAGAAAGAGAGAAAAAAAUCUUUUCCAUGAAAUUGUUAAAGGCUUAGGAAAAUGAACAUAAGCAAACACUUGUUAUCUAUAUCAAGUUAAGAUGUAUUUUUCUGAUCACCAACUUUGUUGUCAAAAGGGAAAUCUGGGAUUUAUGUGCCAUUACUAUGAUCAGUGCAAAUCUAAGCAAUUUAUUGCCAUGUUUCCUUGAGCAUGCUAUAAAUGUGUUAUUUUUAUGCAUGGUAUUGUUUGCUUUUGUAUACUUUUGCCAUCUUAGGUCAGGCUGCUUUUCCUGGAAUUGGAUUUUUGAUUGAAAACUUCAUUUUUAUAAUUUGGCAGCUUCUGUUCUGCUAUACAUUAUCCAGUAUCCAGUGCAUGCACACACAUGGAUUCUGUAGCCUACUUUCCCCGCUAGACCCUUGAAAACACCAUCAGUAGAAGAUAGAAUUGGUACUGGGAAUUCUGCUGGGGGGGGGGGCAGCAAGUGAAUUGGCUAUUCCUGUUACAUUUAGUAUGGCUUGGGGAAGUAACCUAUCAAUGUUCCCUCAUAAAUUAAGCACACCACACUAAUGCGGACAGAAAUACAUGCAUGAAAUCCUUGUUCUAAAAUUUUAAUUAGGGAAGACUUUCUGAAAUUUUAUUUUUAAUAAAGGAGAAAGCUCAAUUAACUGACUCCUGGGAUCUUCUCUCAAAACUCUGUAAAAUCUAAUUCAGAUCCUGGUAUGUCAGAAGAAUUAACUUUCGCACAAUUGUUAUAAAUUGCUUUUCAAUUCCAUUCAAUCACUCCCAUAUUUUUUUAAAUAAAGCAAAUUGUAGGGUCAUUAUUGAUUAUAAUUCAAAAUUAAAAACAUAGGGUUUUUAAAAUAAGUGGUAAGGCUUUAAAGUCAAAGUGCAUUCCCUUUGUCUUUGAAUACAAAAUUAGUUAAGGAAUUAGGUGCUGUAAAAUUGGACGAUCUUUGUAAAUUCUAUCUUCUAGACAGCUGAAAAGGAAAAUGAAUCUUGUGCCAGAUGUAUGCAACUUUUAGUAGCUGCCAAAUGUGCCUUUUUAAAAAAAAUUCUUUCUAAAAGUAGAUUCUCUCAUUGGAUAGGAUCUUAUUUUUCAGGUUACAUUUUUAAUUUGGCCAGUUCUUGUUUUCUAUACAGGUUUAUUUUUUAUUAAUUCUGAUAACUUACAUGCUUGAAAACAUACUGCCUUUUUAAUGUUGUGGAUGCAUUGUUAAAAGACAAUGGCAGUCCAAUUCAGCUCUGUAAAGUUGAAAUGUAAUAUCUAAACUGGUAAAUUUUAUGAGUCUGUGUGUACCUUUUCAUGUCUAUAGGUGCUUUGUAUGCUAUGUCUGCAAUGGUAUUCAGAUUGCAUUUAAACUAAAAAUUAAUAUUGGCUGUUAUUUUUGGGCACCCAAGAGAUCUGUUCAGAAAUAAAAAGGCCUUACAUAUCCCA